ACAUGGUGUUCAGGCGCUACGUGGAGGUCGGCCCGGUAGCCUAUGUCUCCUUCGGGCCUCAUGUCGGCAAGCUGGUCGCAAUCGUGGAUGUGAUCAAUCAGAACAGGGCUUUAGUAGAUGGACCUUGCACUCGAGUGAGGAGACAGGCCAUGCCUUUCAAAUGUAUGCAGCUUACCGACUUCAUCCUCAAGUUCCCACACAGUUCCCGCCAGAAGUACGUAAGGAAAGCUUGGGAAAAGGCAGACAUCAAUACGAAAUGGGCAGCCACAAGACGGGCCAAGAAGAUUGAUGCCCGAGAAAGGAAAGCCAAGAUGACAGAUUUUGAUCGUUUCAAAGUCAUGAAGGCAAAGAAAAUGAGGAACAGAAUAAUCAAGACUGAGGUCAAGAAACUUCAGAGAGCUGCUAUCCUGAAAGCGUCUCCCAAAAAGGCACCUGUUGCUAAGGCUGCCAUUGCAGCAGCUGCUGCUAAAGCCAAGGUUCCAGCCAAGAAGGCUACAGGACCAGGCCAGAAGACUGUGGCCCAGAAGGCUGCAGGCCAGAAGGCAGCGGCUCCCGCUGAAGGUCAGAAGGGUCAGAAAACCCCCGCCCAGAAAGCACCUGCUUCAAAGGCCGCUGGUAAGAAAGCAUGA